AUGGACCCCAUUAACAACGACCCCGACAAGACCGCUCUAGGUCACGUCGAGCUGCUCGGCCAGGUCAGUGAGACGAAUGAGGUCGCGCGACGGACUUCCGAAGUCCUUCGGAACCAAGAGAACCUGUCCUACGGCGAGAGCGGCUUAAAAGGGCUGAUCAAAUCGCCGUACGUUUUUUCUGCGGCGUUCCUGGCCAGUAUGGGCGGCUUCUCUUUCGGCUAUGACCAGGGCGUCAUCUCGCUCAUCCUGACGAUGCCAAUCUUCCACAGGCAGUUCCCCGAGACCGAGCCCGGACACCCUCACCAGGGCUUCAACGUGGGCUUCAUGACGGGCAUGCUCGAGCUCGGCGCCUUCUUCGGGUGCCUGUUCUUCCCACGGUUGGCCGACAGCAUCUCGCGCAAGAAGGCCAUCGUCACGGCCGUCAUGUUCUUCUUCAUCGGCGCCAUCAUCCAGACGGCUGCGCACAAUUACGGCACCCUCGUGGCGGGUCGCGCCAUCGGCGGCAUCGGCGUCGGCACCUUGGCCAUGGGCGCGCCCUUGUACAUCUCCGAGAUCGCGCCGCCCAACCUGCGCGGCAACCUGCUGGUGUUGGAGCAGUUCUCAAUCGUCAUCGGCGCCAUCGUCGCGUACUGGAUCACGUACGGCACCAACGACAUUCCCAACUCGUGGUGCUUCCGCCUGCCCUUUCUCCUCCAAAUGGUGCCUGCGGGCUUCGUCGGCGUCGGCAUCAUGUUCUUCCCAUACUCCCCGCGCUGGCUGGCCAUGGUGUCGCGCAACGACGACUGUCUGGACGCGCUGUGCCAGCUGCGCCGCCUCCCGCCGGACGAUGAACGCGUGCAGAUCGAGUACAAGAGCAUCCUAACCGAGGUCGAGUUUCAGAACGUCAUCCACGGCCGCGAACACGUCGGCGCAGGUCACGUCAUGCGCGAGGUCUGGGAGUGGCUGGACCUGUUCCGCCCGCGGUGGCUGCGCCGCACGGUUAUUGCGAUCGGCAUGCCGUUCUUCCAGCAGUUCUCGGGCAUCAACGCGUUCCAGUACUACGCCCCGACUCUGUUCGCGACCAUUGGCAUGAACAUCUCCGAGGCCAAGAUCCUGACCGGCAUGAUCAACAUCUUCCAGAUCAUCGGCGUGACCAUCACGCUCUUCACCAUGGACAAGGUCGGACGCCGUCGCUUAUCCAUCUGGGGCGCCGUCAUGAUGGGCGUGCCGCACUGCAUCAUGGCCGGGCUCGUCGCCAAGUUCAACGACAGCUGGCCCGAACAUAAAGCCAUCGGCUGGUUCGGCGUCGCCGUCUUCUACUUUUACAUGUUCUCGUACGGCCUGACAUACGGGCCCGUGGGAUGGACGCUGCCGUCCGAGGUGUACCCGAACGCGCGCCGCUCCAGGGGUGUCGGCCUGGCGACGUCGGUCAAUUGGAUCGCGAACUUUAUCAUCGGCGUCUGCGUGCCGCCAAUGAUCCAGGGCAUCGGGUACGGGACGUACGUCUUCUUCGCGGCCUUCUGUGGUCUGGCGCUGCUGUUUGCGUACUUCUUGGUGCCUGAGACCGCGGGAAAGACUCUGGAGCAGAUGGAUGAGGUUUUCCACGACAACUCCGGUGCGGAAGAGCUCAGGAUCAAGGCGGAAAUCCUGGCUCGGCUAGGAUAGAUCAUAGAUGUUGUUUAUCAGCAUCAGCUUGGUCAAAGCAUCAAAACGCAGCAUUAAUCUUCACUGCGUAGCCUGUGACAGAGUCGAAGUAUUUAGGGCGUAAAGAAGCCAAGGCAGUGAGAGCAGAGACACAGCGCACUGAGCAAGUUGAUAUCACGCUUCGCCACUUCAACACACCGGAGAGCCUUCACAAGGCUCUGUAAGGCUGGGGGAGGGAUGGUAGCCUAGGAGACUACAUCUUCGAAAGACAAAUAUGCCGCAAGUCUUUCGUUGGAGCAAGGC